AACAAGGCUUCACUCGGCCUUGACAAGAAUUGGAGGGUUGUUGAAAAGUGUCCGGCGGCUCCUGCUGAGAAAUAUUACACUGUUGCUACCUUCUGCGCGAAAGCUUGUCGUGGUCGGUCAGCCAGCUUUGUGACUCCUUCUGCCGUUGUGGACCGAUGUGUUGUUCCUCGCAUUGUUCGAACAAAGGUUCCGGCAGCUGACCAAGCUACAUCCUCCGCCCAAGACGAAAUGACUACUGGCAGGUUUGCUCUCUUCCUACCGGUCGUGGGGGACAUGCUACUCGGAAGAGGUCUUCCAGCCAGGCGAAGGCCAAUUCUCCCAAACGGUCGAAAAAUGACGCUGCGAAUACAGCGCAAGAGAAGGUGAAAGACGUCUACGCCAGCGUCGACAAGCCCUUGCAGACAUCUAGCGCUGGAACGAAGAUCACUGAACAGCCUGCUCAGUCGGUUGAGAUUUUGGAUGUCGACCUGUUGUCCAAACUGAACCGGAAGCAGGUGUUGAGCGAUUUGAUUAGCGAUCCGAUCCACCCUGUGCCUGUGUCGAGGCAUAGUCCUUCCAUGAACCGGUCUGCCAGCUCGGCCUCUAAGUAUGGGGUUAUAGUUCGUUCUGGGGGGUUUAUUGAGGACAAAACUGUUGUGCUGUCUCCGGAUACUCUUGCCGGUCUAGCUGUUGCUCCCGGUCAUGCUGAAGAGCACUGGCAGCCGUAGAGUGAUGUUCUGAGGGGUGAGUCUAUCCUUUUUUACCGCCCCAAAGACGGAGGUACACUGGGCUACCGGUCUCUGCGCCAAGUUGUUACACCCGCCGACAGUAUACCCCAGGAGAUUGAGACGCCGGCUGCACAGUUGAUGCAUGACCUGUACUCGGUGACGCAAUCUGCUACCGAGCUUGUGGAGUGCUAUCGGAGCUAUCAGCGUCGUUUAAAACGAUCGCAAGCUGAGAAAGAGAAGCUUCAGACUGACCUUGCUGAAUCGGUCAAGACUGAAGGUGACUGCCGGAAGGAGAUUGCGAGACUUGAGAUGGAUGUUAUUGCCGCAGGCAAGAGGAAGGCUGAACUAGAGCUUCUUCCAGCCAAGUUGACGGCCGAAGAGCAGAAGACGGCUGAGCUGCAGAUUAAGCUGGAUGCGGCGCUGCAGGCGGCUCAGGAUGCUGAAAAAGCUGCUAAGGAUGAUCGCAAGGCUGUGGCGCUGAAGGCUGUGCAGAAAUUUAUGAAGUCUGACUUCUACUGCGAGGAGAUGAAGGGGCGCUACAAUGGUGGGUGGACUGCAGCCCAUCGUUGUGCCGUCAAAGCCUUGACGCUGACUGAGGCUGCCUGGGGUAAGGUGGAGGGAUCCUAUGAAGAGGGUGGCCAUGUUGAUCCGACUGGCAUGGAGACCCAAACCUUCCCAGACAUCGUCAUUCAAAACGCCGACCCUCGCCUUCUGCCCGACAGGGAGAUUCCUGAGUCUGUUUACUGGAGUGAUGCAGACGGCUCAGCUUGACGGUCUUGGCAGUCAUCACCAGGCUCUUCCUGUGGUUCUUCCAACAGUUUUUUCCGGCCUCAUACUUGUUAAUGUCUGUUGGUAGCUUUUGAAUAUCAUUUAGCGGAUGUAAUUUAUAAACAAUUUCCUUUUUUGGUACCUCUUAGCUGUUUGUGGCACUUUGUCUUUUGCCGUGUAUUAACUGUUUCAAGAACGUUAUUUUCGUCUUGACUGCGCCGUCUGAGGCGUAUGUUUGUGCCUUUUAGCAGCUACUCA